ACGUGUCGACCACGAUGCUUCCAGACGCUGCCGCCUAAUGGCGGGAAACCCUCGGCGACAGUCUUGAGCAUGAGCCAUUGUGCCUUCUUCCUCUUGUCUCUCCGGCGACUCGCCUGAUUCCGAGAUGGGUAUCAAGGGCCUGACGAAGUUGCUGUCCGACAAUGCUCCGAAGGCGAUGAAGCAGCGGAAGCUGGAGAGCUAUUUUGGACGCAAGAUUGCCAUCGACGCUAGCAUGAGCAUCUACCAAUUCCUUAUUGUGGUGGGGAGGACCGGUACCGAAACGCUCACUAACGAGGCUGGUGAAGUAACAAGCCAUUUACAAGGGAUGUUUUGGCGGACGAUAAGGCUCCUCGAAGCUGGGUUGAAGCCAAUAUAUGUCUUCGACGGGACGCCACCAGAUUUGAAGAAGCAGGAGCUUGUCAAGCGGUUUUCCAGAAGAGUAGAUGCCACCGACGACCUGGCUGAGGCAAAAGAGACAGGAGUUAAAGACGAUAUCGAAAAGUAUAGCAAAAGAACAGUCAAGGUGAGAAAUAAGCAUAAUGAAGACUGCAAAAGACUUCUAAGACUGAUGGGCGUACCAGUUGUGCAGUCUCCUUCUGAAGCAGAGGCAGAUUGCGCAUCACUUUGCAAAAAUGGGAAGGUCUAUGCUGUGGCAUCUGAAGAUAUGGAUUCUCUGACCUUUGGAGCCCCAAGAUUACUUCGGCACUUAAUGGAUCCUAGUUCAAAAAGAGUUCCUGUAAUGGAGAUUGAGAUCGCAAAAGUAUUAGAGGAGUUAAAUCUAAGUAUGGAUCAGUUCAUUGAUGUGUGCAUCCUCUGUGGUUGUGAUUAUUGUGAAAACAUACGAGGUAUUGGAGGACAGACGGCAUUGAAGCUUAUUCAUCAAUAUGGUUCCUUAGAAUCUGUUUUGGAAAACAUAAACAAAGAGAGGUACAAGAUACCAGAGAAUUGGCCAUAUCAAGAAGCACGGACACUUUUCAAGGAGCCUAUAGUGUCUCCCGUGGAAGAGCUAGAUGAAGCCAAGUGGACUAGCCCAGAUGAGGAGGGGCUCAUAUCAUUUCUUGUGAAGGAAAACUCAUUCAGCCUUGAGCGUGUAUCAAAGGCAAUCGAGAAGAUCAAAGCAGCCAAAGACAAAUCAUCCCAGGGCAGACUUGAAUCCUUCUUUAAGACGGUUGCUCACGACCCGACACCUGGGAAAUGGAAGAGUUCUCGUAGUGUUAUGUUGAGCAAAAGGCCUUAUCUUAACAAGGAAGAUUCAGAAAUGCUUGUGAAAGAACCAACAACCAAAAGGCUCAAGCCUGCCAGCGGCAACAAGAAAUAGAAAAGUGGAUAUGGGUGUCGGUUGAUCACAGGCGAUGCAGGGUUUCGCGUCUGCUACAAUCUUUUUGUUUUUUCUUUCAAUGUAUAGAUAUGUAGUUCCGGCUUCUUUUUUAUACUUCUUCGCUGUUCAGCUGAUGUACCUUUCAGGAUCUUUUUGCUACUUCUUUUGUUGUCGGUGCUAUAGAAAGUUCAUAGGUGGAACCUGCGGAUGACCGGGUUUUCAUUGCUGAAUGGGCCAUGGAUGAGCCAAUAUCAUGGGACCAUCCUUCUAUGUCGUGUAUAUGUCAGUUCUUAGCCUAAAAGAUUUGAGGAGCCCUUUGAAUUUCAAUCCUUUUAGGUUGUCUCACUCAAGUUUAACCAUGCAUAUGCGACCUAUAUGAUUGGGUUGAUAGCAAUGGACCUUUUUAUGAUUGGGUUGAUAGCAAUGGACCUUUUUAUUUUUUUGUGGGCAUAAAAUGUAUUCCGAUCUCAAA